CGACAAGCUGGGCAGGCCUUUUCCGUUCUCACGUCUUCUUCGCUCUUUAUCUGCACUCUUCGCUUCUCUUUCACUUUUUUUUCCAAAUAGAACAAAUGUUUGCUUCGUCUGUUGCACGCUCGCUCCGCACUGGUAAGCUUCCCGAAUUCAGGCUCAGGCAAUCUCGCUGCGCUGGUUUCGCUACGUCGGCCGCCCGCCGCUCGUACGAGGACACCGUGAAGAACCUCCGGAUCAACAAGGACACUCCGCCAGGCACUUUCCAUGCCGGACAGGCCAUUGCCUACGGCACCAACAAGGCCGGACAGACCCACCUGGACAAGCCUGUGUUUGGCUCCGUCAAGGACGCCGUGCAGCAGGCGUCUCCCGACGCCACUGCCAUCUACGUGCCUCCCCCCUUCGCUGCUGACGCCAUCCUCGAGGCCAUCGAGAACGAGAUCGGCCUGAUCGUUGCCAUUACCGAGGGAAUCCCGCAGCAGGACAUGGUGCGCGUGGUGCAGGCCCUGAAGACCCAGUCCAAGUCGCGCCUGGUGGGCCCCAACUGCCCGGGCAUCAUCGCCCCCGACGCGUGCAAGAUCGCGUUCGGCAAGAUCGGCAUUGUGUCGCGCUCCGGUACCCUGACCUACGAGGCUGUCAACCAGACGACCCAGGCCGGCCUCGGCCAGACCCUGUGCGUGGGCAUCGGUGGCGACCCGUUCAACGGCACCAACUUUAUUGACUGCCUCAAGGUCUUCCUCGCAGACGAGGCCACCGAGGGCAUUGAGCAGGCUGCCGAGUUCCUGAUCCAGCACAACCUGACCCGCGAGAAGCCCAAGCCCGUCGGUACCGCCCAGGACAAGAUCAAGGCCCUGGAGAAGGCCAAUGUGCUGGUGUCCCAGAGCCCCGCCCAGAUGGGUGUCCUGAUGCGGAAGCGCAUGGUCGAGGAGGGCCUCAUCUAAGGUGAUCUGUUGGGGGGGGUGCUCGUGAUGCUGGCCCGCCACAUAGCCCGAAGCCCUCGCCUAGUAAUUAAAGGAUUCUGUUUAUCGUUUCAAAUCACGGGCUUUUCAAAUUACCGAAUUGUAAACGAUGUCAUAGCUGCCCUGGAUCCUCCGCGAUGCCUGCCCGAUAACAAACGAGCGAGAUGGCCAUGUUGCACGGCCGGUCUGGACGCACUGUAGCGCACUGCCAUAUAGGGCCUUGUGGCUCGCAUUAGCGUAUGAGAGAUUCUCACGCUGCGCUUUGUCUCGCUCCGUGUUACACAUCAUUCCAGACUAUGCCGCUGCUCUUCCUGGAGGAACGAAGCUGUGAAGUGGGGGGGAGACCUUUUCCAUGAACGAGCGAAUGACAUUACGUCUGCUGUGCACCUAAACAGCUAUUUUUUCUACAACAUAUUUGCAAAUCCAC